CUUCGGCUUAAAGAUUACAUCGAAUGGUGUUUGCUCAAUUGAGAACCGAUUACCCGAACUCGAUUGCGAACACUUCCAACGUAGAUAUCGCAGAUCGAAGGAAUUGUUAUCCAAUGUUCCGGGAAGAACUUAGGAGAAGGGGCGUUCAAAGACUACACAAAUAUUGUAACAGAGGCGAUAAGAUUACGGCAGCUUUUAUUCAGGUGUCGACGAAAGAUAAGUGUCAGUCAUUUGUCGAAAUUUUAACAGACUCGAAGAUGUCAGUGUAUAGAUGGACUACUCGACGCGCGGGGCAAGGGGUGCCCAGUAACGCGGUUCACGGAGGACGCGACAUACAAGGAAGUACCAUCUACGUCGGCAGAGCGUACCACGAGGGGGACAUGCUUCCGGCCAAAGUAAUUCCCGACAAUAACGUCGCCUAUGUGUGUCACGCCGGGCAAGAACACGCCAAAUACGAGUUCGAGGUUUUGUGUCAACCAGAAUUCGCGUGGGAAUAUUGUCAUGGAGGAGCGAUACCGGGGGACGCGGUAGUCGGGGGACAGACGUCCGACGGAGAACGGCUGUACAUCGGUCGUGUUCUCCAUAACGGGGCUCAAACGGUUGGCAAGGUGCAACCCAGCCACGGAUGCCUUUACAUUCCCUUCGACGGCCAGGAGCUAUCGUUCAGGGACUACGAAGUGCUCGUAAUGCAUUGACUCGAUCACCGCGAAUCGCGUAGAACAGAUCCUCGUUGUAACCACCCGGCGAAUCAUACGAAAAAUGUGUAUGAAUAAAUUGUCGAUUCUUCUCAA